UUCUGUCUGAAUUUGUUGCUGAUAACAUGUUGGUUGCAGCAGCUUUCCCGGUUCCAGGAUGUAUAAGCAUUCUGCCAGAUCCAUUCCACUGUUGUGAAAAGUCCACUCCACAGAUUAGCUGUCACCCUGGCAGAGCUGUGUAGCUGCAUAGGGGAUCCUUUGUCUAGGAGGGUCUAGUGAGAUGAUUUACAGGCGGCUUAAGCGGUGCGUCAUUGGCUGUCUGGGCGGCGUCUGCGUCUGCAGAAGGCAUGGCCCCCGCGCCUCAGCCAUGGCGUGGGACAGUGCUCAGCUGCUCUCAUCAUGACACCCCGGGCUUGCCUGCCGCCUGCCGCCACAGACACUGACUGCUCUACGGCUGAAGGAAACAAAAUGGCUACUUCCUAGGGUAUGCUGCCCAAAUCUGAGGCUGUACUUCUGGGGAAAGAGAAGAGGGCGUGCAACGAUACUGUCAAACCUCGGAAAAAGAAGCAAGUUUCCAAGUGUUCCUCGCAACGCAGAUGCCAUGGCCACAUCGAUCCCAGCACCCAUCCAGCCAUGCCCACUCAGUGCUGGGCCCACCUCCCCUGGAUACUAGACCCACCAGUCCACCCAGGUGGAAGCUCCGCCAAUGGCACACACUCAGACCAGAUGGAAGAUACCCAUUCUGGCCCGGAAGACGGUCAGAGUUCACAGGAUGGUGUCACGGCACUUCUGGAGGAGGAAUUGCGGGAAGGAUUCCAUCAGGACCUGCAAGUUUACAAGACCACCUCUGGAGAAAUCUUGAAACCAAAACGUGAGACAACAAUGGGUACAAUGGGCUCCCCAUCACACCUUUCCAGGUACCUUAAAUGCCCCCUGCGGGCACCAUCUGACUGUGCCACAGAUGGGCCCCACCCUCUGAAAAAGCCCAAACUGGACGACUCCUGGACAUGGACCACUGAUCAGAUCCUUGCUCAUUUAGAUGACAAUACUGACUACAAGGAUGCAUUGUCCACAUUAGCUGCUGUCGUCUGUUUUUCAACUCCUGACAAAAAUGGGAUGGAGACCAGACUGUGCAGACCUUGCCCAGACUCCUUGAGGCCUCCAGGGCUGCCAGAAGAAGAUCCUACUGCUUGUGUGAUCCAGACGGGUGCCGCUGUCAGUCCCCCCAGUGAGGGUGGCGUAUGUGGAGGAGAUGAUUCAGGGCUGUCUCUGCCAAGCCUCCAGUUGCUGGUUGAGCAGAGAAACCUCAACAUUGAGCAGGCCAUCGCAGUGGAGGCCCUAACUCAGCUGGCCAUCCCAUCGCUAAUGGACCCUCCACAAGAUGAGCACUCAACUACAGCCUACAGCAAAAGCAUAUUACCCCAAUUGACCCAGUCCCAAUCAUACUCUGCCUCAAAUAAAGUUACAGUUAACAACACUGCAAUUCAGCACAAAUCAGUCAUCUACUCUCUUACCCAUAGGUCCAGUAGUGUUGCUCCAAUAAAAAGAUCAUGCUGGCAGGACCUAUUAGAUGCCAGCUCAGAAGCAGGCAAGACGUUGCCUUGUGACGUCUGUGAAGAGCAAAUCCAUUGCUACCGUAAAGGUGAGAAUGAUAAAGGAUGCCUUUAUGAAGCACAGGUUUGUGAGGGCAUUCUGAAUGUAGACUGGAUGCCACAGAGGUCACUGUGUCCCAAAGGGUUGAGGAAUCAGGACGAGGUGGAAGUGGCUGCCCAGCUGGUUCAGCUACCAUUUAUCAUCAAGUCCCGUCAAGCACAGAGUGAGCUGAGCCCUGCCUUCCAGUCUCACUCAGAGACCAGCCAAGCCCAUGCUGGUCCAAACAGUUACCCCUCACUGUUACAAAACUUGCAGAGUCUGCAGAAUUCCGCAGUCAAGAAAACUAAUACUGCACUUUCCAAACCUAGAAGAUUUAAGAAGCAGCCGGUGCUGAAGGAGGAAGUGAAGUUCCCAUGUCAGAACCAUCUACAGAACUAUCAUGGUGCUCCUGUCCUGAAAAGGACACCAACUAGCAAAACCCCUCAUAAAACAAAGAUCCAGAAAAUCAUAUGGCAGCAGAAGGCCAGAGCUAACUAUAAUACGCCUCUGUUCCUUCCACAAGCCCAAAUGGACCUAAAGAAAUACCUAGCUCAGGCACAUCAGAUAACACCUCAGGCUGUUCUGCCUGGCCUCUUUCCUCCUUCUAUAGACACAGAGCAGCAGGAGCAGAAGCUUCUUUUAGCACCUUCAGUCCACAAUGGGAAGCAUUCAGAGCAACAGCCUCUCCAAUGGCCUGAGCUUCAGAAUGGAAUCGGCAACACAUCCUCCGGUGUGACAGCUUCUGCGGUCUCUCAUGACUGCCUGCUGCUUUGGCAGGGUGACGGACGCAAUGGUCAGACCAUCCAGGCCCAACAAACUGCCAUGGAACAAAGGAGUGACUUAGUUCCUCAGAAGCGUCCUUCCUCCGGGCACCUGUGUCGCAAGUCCGAUGCAGACCGCGGCACAGAUUCCCAAACGCUGCCCCUAGCUGCCACAGAGGGGUGCUGCAAGGUGGAGGCAGCUGGUCCCAUCACCAUUUUGUCCACCUUGGCCAGUAACACCGGGGGACAUAAGUCCAACCCUCCCAAGGAGUGGACCCCCAACAAGAACACCCUCAGCAGCUUCCUAGAGUCCCCCCUUCAGUUCCUGAGCACCUCAACCAAAAAUGUAAUUGACACCCCAAGCAGAAAAGGCACUGGUGCUAUUCCGCCUUGCGACUGUGUGGAACAAAUUAUUGAGAAGGAGGAGGGGCCAUAUUACACCCACCUGGGAUCAGGUCCGACGGUGGCUGCGGUGAGGGAGAUGAUGGAGAACAGGUAUGGAGAGAAGGGCCGGGCGGUACGGAUGGAGGUGGUCGUGUACAGUGGAAAAGAGGGCCGGAGCUCCCAGGGCUGUCCCAUUGCUAAGUGGGUCAUCCGUAGGGGGGGUGAGGAGGAGAAACUGCUGUGCCUGGUGCGGCACCGCACAGGGCACUGCUGCCAGGCCGCCGUGGUCGUGAUUCUCAUCAUGGCCUGGGAGGGCAUCCCUCGAUUUGUGGCUGACCAGCUUUACCGGGAGCUCAGCCAGACGCUCUGCAAGCACGGCUCGCCGACAAACCGACGCUGUGCCAUCAAUGAGGACCGCACCUGCGCUUGCCAGGGACUGGACCCAGAAACCUGUGGCGCCUCCUUCUCCUUCGGCUGCUCCUGGAGCAUGUACUUCAACGGCUGCAAGUUUGCCCGCAGCAAGGUGCCCCGGAAGUUCCGCCUGCAGGGGGGCUGUGCUCUGGAGGAAAAGAAGCUGGAAAAUGACCUCCACAACUUGGCCACAGAACUUGCUCCUACAUACAAGAAACUGGCACCUGAGGCUUUCCAGAACCAGGUGGAGCACCUGGGCACAGACUGUCGGCUGGGCACAGGGCAGGAGCGGCCCUUCUCAGGCGUGACAGCCUGUGUGGAUUUCUGUGCCCAUGCUCACCGGGACACACACAACAUCAGCAACGGGUGCACUGUGGUCUGCACUUUAACCAAGGAGGAUAACCGUGUGGUGCACAGCAUUCCAGAGGAUGAGCAGCUCCACGUUCUGCCCCUCUACAAGAUCUCUGACACAGAUGAGUUUGGCCAUCCUGAAGGUCAGCGUGCCAAAGUGGAGACCGGGGCCCUGCAGGUGCUCACCGCCUUCCCCCGGGAGGUGCGUCUGCUGGCGGAGCCUGUCAAGUCCGCCCGCAGAAAGAAAAUGGAGGCCACAAAGGUCUCAUAUAGGAAGCAGGGCACCCCAGGUAGCAGAAACACAUCAGCAAAACAACAAUCGUCAGCCAGGAAGGUGGCACCAGGUAGAGGUGGUGCCCCCCAGUGGUCCACACUUCCUGUGUCCAGCUCAAGCGCAGAAGCAUCCUCUGUCCAACCGGGCCUCUCCGUCCCCUCGCAAGGGGAGCCAGGCUUUCCGGAGUCCCUAAAAAGCAGUUUGCUCCUACCGUAUCAUGCUGGGAACCCAGGAACUGAUAACCGCACCGGGGACCCACCUGGUCACCAGCAGGGAGAGCCUCCGCAGGGCCACCCCAGUCCCAGAGCCGAAUCAGAGAGGUGUGAGCAGGGCAGGCACAGCAUGCCGGCACGGGAGGUGUGGUCAGACAGCGAGCACAACUUCCUAGACGGAGACAUUGGGGGGGUGGCGGUGGCCCCCUCACAUGGCUCCAUCCUGAUUGAGUGUGCACGGCGGGAGCUGCACGCCACCACGCCCAUCAAGAAGCCGGACCGUGCGCACCCCACACGCAUAUCGCUCGUCUUCUACCAGCACAAGAACCUGAAUGAGCCCUGCCACGGCUUAGCCCUGUGGGAGGCCAAGAUGGCCAAGCGAGCACGCGAGUGUGAGGAGGCGGAGCGGCUGGGCAGCGACUCCCAGGGUGUGGCCUGGGGCGGGGCUCCCCUCAGUCCUGCCAGGUAUAGGGCAAUGAAGGCCAAAGUGGGCGGGGCUGACGGAGAGGCCAAGCAGGAGCUUUUUGCAGAGGAGCCAGAGGUGCUGCAUGUGCCGACGCGGCAUGCGCUAACCCUCAACAAGGACACGAUGGUCACCAUGGCCCCUUAUGCCCUGGCCAAGAUCACGGGCCCCUACAACCGCUGGGCCUGACCGUCCCGGCCAGGGUGACGGUGUGAGCCCCGGCACAGGUGCCUUACCUCAGAGCCACACCUGUCCCGUCUCUCUUCUGUCUGUGUCUGUUUUUUUUUUCAGGUGUUACUCUGAGCUGUUUUGGUGGGUGGAGGGGUGUUUUGAGGCUUUAACUGUGAGUACUGACAUAUGGAUAGAGACUGUACAUAUGUAACUUUUCUGUCUGUGGUUUGUGAAAAGAAAGGUGCUGUUUUAAAUACGUUUUUAUAUGCAGACUGAAUAAGGAUGUUCAGUAAGGUUAUUUAUUCUGCUGUUUUUAAACGUUACUUCUGAGUGGUCCUGUUUGCUGCAGUCAUGCUGUGUGUAUAGCCUCUGUGAGUUUAGGCAAGAGUAGAGUUCAUCCAAGCAAAAAAAAAAAUUCUGCACUUCGUUUUAUUUCUGAGGUUCAUGCACUAAAGAAUCAGAAGCUGGCCUUGGUGCUUAUUUUCUAGGAUAAGAUUUAGGAAUAUCAAGUUAUUUUAUGGUGCCAUUGUAGGAACCUCCAGUGAAACUGAACUCAGAAAAGGGACUUCGAGAGUCCUGAGGCCACUUUCGCUACUUCAGCUGUGAAGGUGGCAAAAAAGGUGCAUCAUUUCACACGGCCUGAAUGUGAAUUAUUCUCCAAAUAGAGUCAUGUCAAUGAGUAAAGCACUUUUAAAAUGUGAGAUCAUUGUGGAAGACAGAAGGUGGUCCCUCUGCUGCAGGCUGCAUGGGAGAGCCACCCCUGAAUGUGACGGCGUCGCCCCGCGGUGCUGCUCAGCAUUCAGUCCCAUAGCCAGUACCCCCAGCCAAAACCCUGCUUGGCAAAGCAAUAACGGCAGCAGGCAUCAAACCUGGCCUGGCUUUCGGACCACAUUCAUGAUCGGGUAUCCAAAAUAAUAAUUCGGUAUCUUUUUUACAAUAGACAACAUUCAGACAAUCGAAUGAUGGCUGUUCUUUUUGAGGAACACUUUAGAGCAGGGGCAUAUACAGGGAUCUGGCCCUACCUGAAAGCUGAUUGGCCACCAGAAUGCCCUCUCCCCCAUUACUCACCUACUCAAAAUGUAUCAUUAGCUAAUGAUAAGGUGGGCCCCUCAGUUCGAAUUAUGCUCCUCUUGUGCUCCUACCUUAAAAAAAGAAUCCUAGAAUCGCCCCUGCUUUAGAGUUGCUCCAGUGAACAGAUAACUAGACAGUAGCCAUGUUUCCAUUCAAGUUUUGCACAACUUAAAAGCAAACUUUCUAUGUUAAAAUACGAAGGGUGUGUUUCCAUUAAUGGAUGUCAUGCAAAUAAUACUGGCCAUUUAUCAUCCCACAAGAUCAAAAGCAUAGAUUUGGGUAUGGACAUAAGGGGACAGGGAGCAGGCUUUCCACAAGUUACUAGCUCAAAAAAGAAUUAAUUAUUAUUAGCUAAACACUUGAGGUCACGUGCUUUGUGUUUACUAAUUCAAAAAUUUGGUUUCCAUCACCAUUUUGCAAAUUUCUUUGACUCACCACAAAAACCACCUCAAGAGAAUAUUAAAACUUCUCUUGUGAAAUUUGAGGGUUUUUUUUUUAUAUUUUAAUGAUACCAUUAACAGUUUAUCAGUUCAACAUAAUGAAAAUGUGCAAAAUCUAAGUCAAUGGAAAUGCUGCUACUGUGACUAGUGCCAGUAGGAGGUGCUCUGAGUGAGUGAGGAUGUGAUUGGUCUCGUCACCUUCCGGUGCUUCCAUGGCUCCUACUGAUUGGCUGACCACCUUGUGGCAGACCUGUAGGACCAUACUGGUGCUUAGUGAUGAACAAACAGUGAAACUGCCAUCUCUGAAGGGUAAACGAAAGCUUGCAAAACAGGCAUUCACCAGAAGAUCAUUCCUGAGCCCAGCUGGUGUCAGCUGGUUUGUGAAAGUUCUGGAAGAUACUAAAAGCUUGUGGCGCUUCCUUGACUUGUUUUGGAUGCAAGGGGAUCGCCAAGAUUAAGACUGCCUCCAUCUCACUGAUACAUUGUUGAGUUACAUGUCAUGUUUACUUUAUAUACAUUGUUUCAACCUCUCUGGAGACGACCCUGAGGAUGCUCAUAACCACCCAGAUGUAUCAUGCAACUGACAUCACUGAAGAGGUGCUACUGUGAGGGGUCCAGUUCACCCAGGAUUCCCAAGAGCUUGGCUUGGCUGUGAAGAGGAUGGCUAUACCUUCUUCCCCACCACCACAGCAUUGGACUCCCUUCACAUCCCCAUGUGAAGGAAGCACAACGUGUCUGACCUCUCUGUCCUUGUUCACAAGUCAUUAUCUUUGUGUUUUUGGUGAAUACGAGCAGUGAAUUGCAACUUCUCUGCUUCUCUCUGAACUCAGCCAGCCCUGGCAUGUGAUAUUGUAAUGCCUGGCACUCCACUUCCCAGUACAGCUACCUACUGGGUGAUCUGGCCUGGAGCAGUCUGAGGCUUGUGAGGCUGCUUCCAGAAUCACACCCCUGAAGGACAUCCCUUUAGGAUAAACUUGAAAUAUCCAUAAAGUGUUCAGAUGAAUUGACUAUGAUUUAACAUCAAGGUGCACAUUUAGUGAAGUCUGAGUGCGAGGCGCUGUUUACACGCAUUCUUUUCCGUGGAUGUAAGACAGGUGUGCUUUUUGAGUUUGAGCCAAAUUCAGCUUGUAUAUGGUCUCGCCGUGGUGCUAUGUGGUGGAGAUCAGAGCACAGAAAAGCAUGCUGUCGAACAGGAGACAGCUUCGUUGCUCACUUCAGCUAUGGUGCUCAUUGCCACAAAUUUGCCUCUUUAUUCUGGUCAAAGGGGGCGUAACUGUACGUUUUGUUAAAUCUGGUCUGCAUUAGUGAAAGUGUGUGGAUGAGUUUACUUGGGUCACUGAUAGCUGGUGAAAAACAGACCAUGUCAUAUCACAGCAGAAGCUUUCCUGUAGUUACGUGGCCCCUCCUACAACAGCACCUGGGACCGAACAGGAGAGGAAAAUGGCUCAUCCGAGCUCGAAAUGAAGGUCUGAGGGGCCUGAUGAUAUUGGUGUGUCAUGUGACCUGGGCUUAUUAACACACUGCCUAAGGUUGCCUGGGUAGUGUAAUCUGAUCCCAGUGCAGCUUCUUGCCUGUUGCGUGGGUGAAUGAAGAAUAAAUGACAUGCUAGCUAUAUGCCAGCUCUGGCCCAUGUGCCUGGCUGUGGUGUUAUGGGAUCCAUUCAUGAGAAUUAAGCUAUGGCAUCAAGGCUGUGAGAAAGUGUACCAAGCAUACAACGAGCUCUGUCAUCAGCUGAGACGCAAGAUUUUAAUGAGAUAUGGUGCUUUUGUCUUGCUCAUACGUUUGCAUGGGGUUUGUUUUUGCUUAUACCACACACAGAAGCGGUUGAUUUUUUUGCUUGGGAAGUAAGACCUAUCAUCAUGUGAUAUGAGGUGGAUGGAAGGUGCCACUUUUCUCAGUUCCUGGUUUUGGCCUUUUUCAAAGCUUUGGCCCGGUGCAGAUGUGUGGUCUAGGGCCACAGGCAUCACCAGACCUCCUGCAUCUCGUCCUAGCCUUCUUGUGUGUCAUUUUGUUUGCUAAAGGUCUUUUUUUUUCUACCUUUGAGUGACAUGUUGCUAUUUUGACUUUGAUUGAUAAAGAUAAAUUAUUCACAUUUCUGUUCACUCCUUUUAUUGCUUUUUGCAGUUGUAUUAGAAUCCCAAAUGAAUACUGUCUGUGUGUAAACUGUACAGUAAACGUGUAGCUGUCAGUUUGAAGUGGGUUCUGACAAAGUGUCCAAGAGAAAAGUGUUUUUCCCUCUACUCUGUCAAUCUGGGGUCCUUGUUUGUGUUUAUUUCUAUUAACUGAAGUUUACUUCCUGUCAUCUAGCAUUUCUAUACCUGCUAGGGAGCAGUCCAAGAUUCCUUGUUUAUUUUUAGAGUGCACCUUCUAAAAUAUGGCAUGUAAAAUAUCUACCUUGUAUAUAGAUAAACCAACAAUAUAAUGAUGACAUUGUGACAUAUAGAAAUGGAUGCACAGACUCCCAGAAUAAGCUAAAACAGAUGCAACAAAAAGAAUGAAUAAAAAUGAAGAUUUUGGUCUAGGAUUUAAAGCCUUUCAUUUUCUUUGCAAUGAGCCUGUUCAUAUGCUUUCCUGUGUUCCUAUGGAUUUAUGAUAGUCAGCAUUGAACAGGACAUCAGCCUUGAUUGGGAUUUAACCACAAUGUGGCAUUAUCAGUGCUUAAUACCACAGAUUUCCCAGCUUCGAGUCAUGUGAUGGGCUCCUAUCUCCCCUGCUGCUUAUCCCUACAUUCUGUAUAGACAGCCUGCCUGUGGGCCCUGUAAAAUGCCAAUGCCAUCCACCAAUAGGAUGCUGUUCACUUGCUCCUAUCGACACAGCAUAAAAUUGUGAUGAAGUAAACAGAUAUACUACACAAAACAUCAGUGACAGUGUA